AUGGCGAUUUCCGACGCGGUAGUCGGCAACCUGACCACCCUUUACCUGGCGGUCAUCGCCGCCACGAAGGCGUACGGCCUGGCCACCGGCCGGACCUUCAGCGGCGGCUGCGUGAUCCUCCUUUCCACGGCGGCGGUGGCCUCGAUCCUGGUCGCGAGCCUCGCCUGGGACGUCUCGCGCAAGGCGGCGCGCGCGCUCGUGGCAGCUUCGGCGGCGGCGGCGGCGGAUGGCGGCGGACACGGGGCGUGCCGCGGCGGAAUAUGCUGGCACGGCGUUGCGGACAGGUCGCCGGCGGCUCAGGUCCGGUUUCGUGUCCCGUCGGCGCCGUAG